AUGAAAAUUUUCCUCAGAAUUGUUAACUUUUACUGUUUUACAGGUCUAAGAGGAGUAUGUUCUGAUAAAAUCCUCCUGAGGUGGCCAUUGACUCCAGAAGUUUGUACUGACCAGGUCCUAUCUAACCCUGACCUACGGUUCUCCUACUGUCCUCGCACGCUCGUCCAGGACCUUCCCGCUCCCCACACACCGCCGGUCUCUCCAUUCUCCGUCAAUCUUUCCGCAGAUUCAUUCCUGGAUUUACGUAUUACUACUACUGCGCCGUCCGGGGAUUAUGGAAUCUCAGCCUUUGUAAAACCAGCUAUAAAUGACGACAGUUGUAUUCUCCAUUACAAAUCAGACGACGGCAGUUUUGAGAUGAAGUUCCUUUCCACAGCCUCCGGAACAAAUGUCUCAGUCAUUGGAUGGGACUCAUCAACUUUUAAUGCCUCAUUAAAAGUUGGGCAGUGGCAGAGAAUUGCCAUGACAAUGGAUGUUAGUAUGUCAAGGCUCAGUUUAAUCAUUGAAGGGGCUCCUUUUAACGACACUGAUGUGAACAUCUUUGGUUGGAGGCCUGACAUUAUAGCCCCUAGCUUUAAAACACCAGGUACUCUGAGAGUUGGGGGGUCAUUUGAGGGGGAAACAUUCAGCGGAUUGGUGUCAUGCGUUGGUUUCAUGGAGGACAAAAGGAUUGACUGUUCUAAUGAUUGCUAUAAUUCAAAUACCUGGUCUUCAAUCAAUAUGUUUCCUGAGAAAAGACACUAUGGGAAAUUCUCGCCUACCGAAACCGGGAAAAUACCAAAUCAAACACCGAUCAGCGUCACUUCCGCCAACAGUCUGAGUGCUUGCGCCUUACAUUGCCUGAGGGAUUUUGUACUCUGUGUAAGCGUAGCGUAUAACAGCGCUACCGGCAGUUGUUCUUUUUACCCGGAUUUUUUUUUCAUCAGUCUGAGUUCCUCUACAAAUACAAAGAUCUAUGUUUUACAGCCAUACUGAGCAUUUAAUCAAGUUGUAACAGUCCU